UCUUGUCCAGUCGCUUACCAGCGUGUCUGAGAUGGCCCUUUCAACUCCAGCUCAGCCGUCACCUCCUCAACCACAGCAACCGCCAUCGUCCGACAACUCAGAUCUUGAAAAGCUAGAGCGGCUUAAAAGAGAGAUUCUCGAGGGCCAGAACCCUGUAUACAAAGCUGUUCCUCAACCCGACUUUCUUGAGAGUCUCUACCUAGGUCGCUCAGCAAAGCGUCAGAAUUCUGUUCCUGCCCAUCCUGAACAGAUUGUUCCGAGUCAGUCAGAGACGAACACUGCUUUACCGUCAAAUUUGGAACAUACGAAUGGUGCAUCAACGGUGGCUGAAGUUAGUCCUUUGAUACCCUCGAAAACAUCUGAGGAAAAAGAUCGCACAGACAAAGAGGUCGGAUCUGAGGCUCCUACAUCAACCCAAAGUGCACAGGCUAUGAAUGAGGGGAGUAACUCGGCAGUCGUUGAAUUCAUUAGUCCUGUGAAAAGGUCCCCUUCGACGCCUCAAUUUGAACCGAAAGUUUCUAGCAUUGAUCAUCAUCCUUCCUUUUCUUUGGGAACGGUUUCUCAGGAUACUUCAAAACCUCCGCUUGACGGAUCUCUGGAUUCCACAAAGCUCAAAUCUGACAUGGCCAGUCAGUUAGCUGUCUUGUCGACAUCUGACAAUGUCCCUGCCCGAUCAUCUGCUGAAAAGUCUCCAGUAACUUCUGUUCCACUCGGGAAAGCUGUUUUCACAAGCGAUCCGCCUUAUGAUCCCAAGGAAAGCUUGCGGAACACGGAAUUUAGUGCUUUUGCUGACUACAGGAAUACGCAUGCUCCAGGUCGUUAUGACUCAAGUUCGUUUGCUUCGCCGAAUGACACUUCUCCGGAGGGCACCCACUAUGUGGGAAGACAGCGAAACUAUGGCGCAGAAUGGGAUGAUCGCUUUAAUUAUCGGUACGCUGACGGUUACUCCAGCAACUACGGUGCCAAGCAGUUCUCUGCGUCGGGUGUCGAUUAUGAGGGUGCACAUUUCCAAGACAUCAAGCGUCAGGACACCGGGCAAUCCUACGAUGACCGUACGGACGGCGACCUGCGACGUUUCGUACCCGGUUUCCCAGAUCGGUCUGUUAGACCUGCUGAGAACUGUCCUCUAACAAGUGAACAAACUUCUGGUUUGAUCAACAGCGUUGAUGUCACAAAGGCAGCAAGCAGGGCGGCAUUUGUACCUAACACGACAGCUGCGCCACUGAGCUCUCAAUAUGCUCCCGCUGAGGGGCAACUAACUCGAAACGCAAAGUCAAAUACUUAUGAUCAAUCGGCCCUCAAAGAAUCCAGAUUGGACAUGGAUGGCAGACUUCUCUCCUCAAACGAUACUGGUCGCCAGUCAUCUAUGGACUACACAUCUCAUCAAGAAAAUAUUCAGGCUAGUGCUCUUGAAGGGCGUAUCGGGGGACGUGCUCCUCCUCCGCUGGAAGAUAGGAUUGGUAUCCGCAUUCCCUUGGAAGAAAGGAUCAGUUCACCGCCUGAUGGUACGCCAGCGCAACCGGCUCCUAUGAAGCAGGAAGGUCUAUUCCUACCCCCUUAUCGUUUGUUCGUCCUCGGGCUGGUGAUGAAAAAGUUAAACCUUCACAAGCAUCCUCGCCAGCUGGUACUCAGACUGUGCAUCAACAGACCGGAACAGGCGUCAUAUAUGAGCGUCCUGACGAGAUUCUUCAACCCCGCUACUCUGCUCACGAGUCCGGGUUGCGUGCACCUUUGCAGGGAAGCCCUCAAGAGUCUCACAGUGCAGGCCGUUCAUUCAAGGGAGAGCCUAUGCUCAAGGAAAGACAAGUCGACAAUUCCACAGACCCUAGGUUGGUUCCAUCUGCUGCUUAUCGUGUAG